AUGCUGUACACCUCCCUCGCUGCCAAGCUCGGCGACUUUGGGCUCGCCAAGCUCGUCGAUCACGGCCGAGGCUCGCACACGACGACGGUCGUCGCCGGUACCAUGGGCAUGGGGUACAUGGACCCCGAGUGCAUGGUCACAGGCCAGGCCAGUGUGGCGUCUGGCCUGUACAGUUACGGCGUCCUCCUCCUCGAGAUCGCCUGCGGACAGAUGCCCGUCGUCGUCCUACCCAAAACCAAUAAUAGCAGUCUGGUGCACAUCUCGCGGCAGGUAUGGGAGCUGUACGGCGAAGGAGCCGUCCUUGACGCUGCGGACAGACGCCUAGAGGGGGAGUUCGACCAGCGGGAGAUGGAGGCGGUGUUGGUCGUCGGGCUCUGGUGCGUGCAUCCUGACCGGACUGUCAGGCCGUCAGCCAGGCAAGCCGUCAACGCGCUGCCGUUCGAGGCGCCACUUCCCAGCCUCCCUCCGAGCAUGCCUGCCGCGAGAUACGGUCACGGCCAGCAGCGCCAGCACCUUGUACACAACCAAGGGCGGAUCCAGCACAAUGUCCUUUUAGGCAUAUGGGUUCUGUUGGGUAUCUUCAAUGGCGGGCGCAUAUUUUUGGAACCUUGA